AAGCACAGUUUAUCAAAGCUAAUUUAUUCAGUUAUCGUUGACAAAUCAAAAGUGACACCUCAGAAAAGAAAACAAAAUUAGUGACUCUCAAAAUAAAAAAUUUUUUUUUUUGGUGCUGAAUUUCAUAUUUUAAUAAUAUUCACAGACUGUUAAUAUUUAAACAAUAAUUUUAAAAAAAUUAACAUAAUUUAAAUUAAUUGAGGAAGUGACGAGAGAAAACAGUUUUAAAAAAAUAUACGAUGAAUAAUUACGGAUAUUUGAUAGUAAUGAUGACACUCAUAAGUAUAGUCAUGGGGCAACAGAGAUUUAUUGGACACCGAACGAAGUCGAAAUUCCGUCCACGACCUGAAUGGUUUGGUGAAAUGCUACCAAAACCCGAAUCUAUAGUUUAUGAAGAACAAAAUGAUGCACCUCUCAUUGCCAUCAAUUCUAAUGACUCUCCAUUUCAAGAUUUUGUACUUGAGGAUUAUGAGACACAGGAGAAAAUUUAUGCGAAUGAGGAAGUUCCUAAAUUACCACGACAAUCAAAGGAACCUGAAGUAUUCCAAAACAUAUGUCCAUCUAUUAAAAGAGUAGUUAUUAUCAGUCAGGAUCCAAGUUUUGAGCAAGAGUACGAGUACAGCCCGAAUGUAUUUAUGGAAGUUUCCUGUCUACAUCCGUACACAGGAAAGGCAAAUACAAAUCACCAUCGUUCAAUCAAUAGAGUUUGUAGGAAAAAUUACGGCGAAUGUAUUCAAGGAAAUUCAACUUUACAUCUAAGCAGGAGAUUAAAAGUUGCACCGGGUGAAGUAAAUGAAAAUUGUUGGAUUCCUUAUUCGAAGUCAAUCUCCAGUAAUUGCGAAUGUAUGUGGUCAAAACAUAAAUUAGGAGAUAUAUUGAAAGCUCACAUUAAUCUCGAUGAUGAGUAAAAUCGUAAAGAAUAACAGAUGUGAAAGAGGCAAAAUGGAUAGAAAUAUUUCUCCAAAAUUAUUCAUCAAAAGCAUUUCAUAAACUUUAACUAUCCACUAAAUAAUUUUUAAAGCAUUUGAUCGGAUAUGAUCAAACAAUUCUAGUCAAUAGAUUAUGCAUGUGAAUCAAUAAGAAUUUCUCAUUGUAAUGUAAUUUAUUCUAUAUUUAUGUUAGCUGUCAGUAUUUAUUGCUAUUUAUAACAAAAAUC